AUGGCCACAGAAGGACUAGAGGCCCGACUUGCUGGCACAGGGAGCCAGGUGUACCAGUCGCUCGUGGCAAAACGCACAUCGGUUGUGGAGUUCCUCAAGGCAUACAAGCUAUUCUUGGCAGCCGUCAGCCUCAAUAAGGUGCAUAUCAUCUUCCCCAACAGGAACAUCGUGGAUGCCGUGGCAGGGAGGAGCAAGUUGCACAUUGUGGCAUAUGGUGUACAGUAUGGUUUACAGUGGCCAGGCUUGCUACAUCUCCUGGCAGGUAGAGAAGGUGGACCUCCAGACGUGAGGUUCACUGGCAUUGACCUUCCGCAGCCUGGGUUCCGCCCAACCUACCAGAUUGAAGAAACAGGCCGCCGGCUUAGCAACUGUGCCCGCGAAUUCGGCGUGCCAUUCAAGUUCUAUGCUAUAGCAGCAAAGUGGGAGACAAUCUGUGCUGAGGACCUCAACAUUGAUCCAGAUGAGGUGCUUGUUGUGAACAGCGAGUGCCACUUUAGCAACUUGAUGGAUGAGAGUGUUGACGUUGACACCACAAGCCCCAGAGAUUUGGUGCUCAACAACAUUCGAAAGAUGCGACCCAAUAUUUUCAUCCAGAUUGUCAAUAAUGGCUCAUAUGGUGCUCCAUUCUUCCUGACACGGUUCCGGGAGGCACUAUUCUACUACUCAGCACUAUUUGACAUGCUGGAUGCAACCAUUCCCCGCGACAAUGAUGUACGGCUGCUGAUCGAGCGGGAUAUUGUUGGGCGAUCUGCCCUGAAUGUUAUUGCUUGUGAGGGUGCAGACAGGUUGGAUCGCCCUGAGACUUAUAAGCAAUGGCAGGUGCGGAACCACCGGGCUGGGCUCAAGCAGCUGCCGUUGAAUCCAGAGGUUGUAAAGCUUGUGAGGGAUAAGGUCAAGAAGUAUUACCACAAAGACUUUCUCAUUGAUGAGGAUCAUCGAUGGUUGUUGCAGGGAUGGAAAGGGCGGGUCCUCUUUGCCAUGUCAACAUGGGUUGCUGAGGAUUAUGAAUGA